CUCUCUUUAGCGGCCGCAGCCCGGGCCGCGUGACGGAGGGGGCGGGACGGAGGGCGCCCCGCCCACGCCGCGCCGCGCCGCGCCGCGCAGCAUCCCGCAGAGCGCCGAGCCCGCGCCUCCGGCCUGCGGCUGCGGCGAUGAAGAUCUGGAGCUCCGAGCACGUGUUCGGCCAUCCCUGGGACACGGUGAUCAAGGCGGCCAUGCGGAAGUACCCAAACCCGAUGAACCCCUGCGUGGUGGGCGUGGACGUGUUGGAGCGCAGCGUGGACGGCUGUGGGCGCCUGCACAGUCUGCGCCUGCUCAGCACCGAGUGGGGGCUGCCGGGCCUCGUGCGUGCGAUUUUGGGAGCCAACAGGACCUUGACAUACAUCCAAGAGCGUUCUGUCGUGGAUCCGGCUGCAAGGAAAAUGGAGCUGUGUUCCACCAAUAUCACACUCACAAAUCUGGUAUCAGUGAAUGAGAGGUUGGUGUACACACCUCAUCCAGAGAACCCCGAAAAGACUGUGCUCACCCAAGAAGCCAUCAUCACUGUGAAGGGGAUUAGCCUGGGGAGCUACCUGGAAAGUCUAAUGGCCAACACGAUAUCCUCCAAUGCAAAGAAGAUGUCUCACCAAAAAGAGUCAAAGAAGAGAGGAAAGAAGGAAGUAUGGAUGGACAAAGAAGACGAAAGGCAAAUGUGGAUGUGUUUCCCACCAAGUCUGGAAGAGGUAUCUGCUGGAACCUUCCCCUCCCAGGACAGCAGUGGGCCCAGACUCCAACAAGUCGUGUGGAGCCCUAUCCUGCCAGGCUCUGCUGUAGGCAGCUGUGCUGAAGCAGUACUGGGCUGCUCUGCCCUGCAUCGGUUUUAGGCAUUUAUCUGCUUCUUCUGGCAGGAAUGCCGCCUCUGCCUGCUGGCUCUAGUCACUUCAUCAAAGGAGAGCUCCCCUCUCCUCAUGUUCUGCCAGCUAAGCCAGGGUAGGUCCCCCACACCUUCCCCAGGGUCCCGGCUGCUGCCCUCUGUUCCUGGCGGCUCUGUCCUUAUAGUGUCCCACUUGCUGCUGCGAAGGUGAAUGACAAGUUGCUUUCUGGCCCUCAGGGUCUCCAUCAUGCACUGUAUCCAAAAGCUGUGGAGCUCUCUACAGAGGCCUUGAAUUCUCUAUGUAACUGAAGAUGACCUUGAACUCCUGAUCUUCUUGCUUCCAGCUUCCCAAGUCCUGAGAUUACAGGCUUGGGCCAUUAUACUUGGCUCUUUUUGGUUGCUGUUCUUGAGACAGAUCUUGCUAUGUAGCCUUGGCUGUUCUGAAACUCAUGGCAUUCCUCCUGCCUCACCAUCUCAAGUGCGGGAAUCACAGGUGUGCACGGCCCUGGGCUGGGACUCUUGUCAAGUCCCAACUCCCCAAGCCUUUCCCCAACAAGACUGAUUGUCCCUUAAAGAGAGGGUAGGAACCUCCUGCUGUGUAGGGCCUUCCAGCCAACUCCGUGUCUCCUGUGGUUCUAGGGUCUUGCUGGGCUGUGGGUGGUACCUUUGUGCUCCUGUUCUAGAUUGAAGGCCCUCCCCGAUGCCUGCUUCACCCUCCUGCCUCAAAGUUGUAGUCUUACAUGGGCACAAGGUACCUUUUUUUUGAGACCAUGUCUCAUGUAACUCAGGCUGGCCUUCAACUCACUGUGUAGAUGAGGCUGACCAACUCCUUCCACCUCUCAAGUACGAGAACCAUAGGUGAAUGCCAUCAUGCCUGGCUUUCUAUCGCCUGGAGAGAUGGCUCAGAUGUGAAGACCACGGGCUGUUCUUCCAAAGGUCCUGAGUUCAAUUCCCAGCAACUACCUAUCUCAUAACCAUCUAUAACGAGAUCUGGUGUCCUCUUCUGGCGUGCAGGCAUACAUGCAGGCAGAACACUGUAUAUAUAAUAAAUAAAUCUAAGAAAAUACUAAAAUAUAUAAACAUAGAAACCGAUGUAUAUAUGUAUAGGGAAUCCAUGUCUGUGGUUUUAAAAAGAGGCAUUAAAUCCACUGACUAGAUCUCCGCUCUUCAAUCAGCUCACCGUUCUUACAAACUCUUCUAGAACUUUUCUAUGCCUGUGAAGGUUUGUCAUUUUCUUUCAUUAAAUUGAGUUCAAACUGGAA